AUGAUUGGAGUGUUUGCUGGUGUGCUGCAGCGCCGAGCAGCAGAGGGAGAGACAGCAGCAAAGAGGCAGGUCCAGCGUCUAGAGGAAGAUAUAGCGAAAACCCUCAAACGGGCGGAGGAGGCGGGGAGGCUAGGGGAGACAGCUCUUGCGGAGACACUGAAUGCGACUGCAUCCAGACUGCAGCAGAAGCGUGUGUGUCUCCUAAGCAGCAGCAGCGCGAGCUCUCAGUCACAAGACCUAAGGCCCUGCGAUGUGUGCGGUGCCCUUCUUGACGCUGGAUUGCCUGAAACAGACCGACGUGUGGAGGAUCACCUAUUAGGACAGCGACACCGUGUGUUUGCUGCUAUUCAUUCUUCUAUAGAAGAAAUAAAAGAAUACCUUAAGAAUGCUCCUCCUAAGAGACGCUAUACACCCCAUGCAAACAGCAAAAAUAAGAUUGUUCAUGGUGCAACACCAUUUGCUGGGGGGAUCUCGCUGAGGUCGUCAGCUGAGAGGCCUGAGCAUCCACUCACCGCUUGCUUAGCGCAGCGAGCAGCACUCAAAUUGUGCCUACUUAAGGCCAAGCAGCAGCGGCAGCAGCAACUGCAGCAGCACCUGCAGCAACACCAGCAGCAACAGCAGCAGCAACGGCAGCAGCAACAACUACAGCAACAGCAACAGCAACAGCAAGAGCAGCAGCUGCAAAGUGGGAAGCUGCAAUUUGACUCGUCUGCAGCACUUGAAGCAGCCCAGGCGGCAGUAGCCAGUGUACUUGCUGCAAAGGGCCUACCGUUUUCGCCGCCAGCAGCAGCAGCAGCUGUUGCUGCACCAGCAGCGGCAGCGGGAGUUUCAACAGUACAGAUCAAUGUAGAAGCAGCAGCAACGACUGAUGCAGCAGGAGAUGAUGCCACACAGCAGACAACUGCCUCCUUCCCUAGCACCCCUAGUACGUUUACGGACUGUGAGAGGACAACAAGUGGCAGCAGCGAGAACAACAGCAACAAUAACAAUUUCAUCAGCGACAGCAACAGCAGCAACUGCUGCAGCAGCAGAGGCCGUAGGAAUAGCAGCUGCAGCGACACCGUCCAGAAGCCGAAUGCAGCGUGCAGCAACAUGAGUGACGGCCACAACAACAACGUCGACAGCAACAGCAUCAACUGCACCAGCAGCUACAACGGCAGCAAGUGCAGCAGCAGCAGUGGCAACGACAACAGAAGCAGCAGCACCUGUGGAGCCGUUGGGAGACGCGGGAAACAGCCUUCUGAGGAGAUCGUGCGCUGCGGUGGUGGAGAGUGCAGAUCAUCCAACAGCAACAGCCGUAGCAGCAGCAGCAGCGGCAGAAGCAGCAGCAGAGAGAGCAACAGCAAACUUGGCAAGCCAGGCCAUUUUACGGAAAGCCCUGGUGACAACGAAGAGAUACCGGCAGGUGCGGCAGUGGCGGCAGCAGCAGCAAACGUCGUGGUAGUAAAUACCGCAACAGCAGAUGUCCUAAGGACACAGGCACGCACAGCAGCAGCAAACGCAAAAGCAGCAAACGCAGCAAAGACGAAGCAUCCAGCAGCCCCCGGUGCAGGUGCAACCGUUCUAGAAGAAGCUCCCGAAAAAGAAGUGACGGGGGCAGCAGCAGCAGCAACAGGUAUGCAGUUGACAAGGAGAAGCGGCAUUCGACGGCGAGCGGCAGAACGGAAACUGAAGGGACACAAAAGCCUCAGGGGGAAGGAACGUCAACGAUAUCCCGCAGCGGCAAUCGCAGCAGCAGGAGCACCAGCAGGAACACCAGCAGGAGCACCAGCAGGAGCACCAGCAGGAGCAGCAGCUGGUGCUCUUGCAGCAGAGCGUGCCGCGACAUUGAUGAAGGUACAAAAGGGGGGAGAAUGCACAGCGGAAGAGGAGCAAAGCACAGCAAAUGUAGCAGCAGUAGCAGCAAGAGGAGCCUUGAUAUAUGUGCCGCCAAAGGGUGGAUUUUGCUAG